AUGAAGUCCUUAUAUAACGAAAUGGAUAAAAUAAUUCCUUAAACAAAGACAACAGGAGCUUUAUGGUUAGGGAAUAUAAAGGCUGCUUAAAAUAUCGUUAAAUUAAAUCAAGAAAACAUCAAAACUGUGCUUACAAUAGCAAAUAAUACAAAUUUGUCUUAUCCAGUACAUCAAAGAAUGAGACACAAAGUAAUUAAGAAUAUAUUAGGAAGGUUUUUGAAAUAAAAGAUAAUGACAAUGUGAAUAUACUUGAUUUGAUAGAAAUUACUAAUAAAUAUAUAUAAGAGUCACUUUUAUAUGGUUCUGUUUUGGUUCAUUGUAUGGCUGGAAUUUCUCGUUCAGUUUCUUGUGUAAUAGCUUAUUUGAUUUAUAAAAACAAUUGGAAUUAUGAUUAAGCUUUUAAUUUUGUUAAAUAGAAGAGAAAUUGUUCUAAACCUAAUUAAGGUUUUAAGAAAUAAUUAAUAAAAUAUGCUGAAUAAAAAUUACCUAAAAAUUAGAUUAUAAAUAACUAAGAAAUAUUAUUAAAUGAUUUAAGAAGAAAAUUGUAUUAAUCUCCAGAUCAAAUUGCAAAAUAAACUUAAUUAUUGAAGUCGCCAAAUAAAUAAAUUACUUAACUAAACUAUAAUUCAACUCCUGAAGAAAAAUAAUAAUAUCGUUAAUAAAUGGCAUAAAAAUUAUUUGUAAGUACAUUUUUUUAAGAUAAUUUACACAAACAUUCCAAUUCAAACACAUAAAAUUAACCUAAAAUUAGCCAAAAUAUUACAAAAAGAGCAUAAUUGAGUAUGUAUCAUUCAAUUUAAGAAUCUGACUUUGGAUUUUUAUCAGAUAGAUUCUAUAAAUCAUGA